CACAAUCCCACAGUAGGCGCAAGUACGCUGCUUAGCCCCAUUCGCUAGAAACUAGCUAAGCUAUUUUAGGCGGACGGUGGACUCUCCCGGAGCGGCUAAGCGCGGUGAUGAGAUCCGCUUCCCGCACCGACACACAGUUUGAGGCUCGGAGAGAAUUUUAAUGCGUCACUGAGAGACUGGAAGCGGAAACAGCGGCCCCCGGGACCGUCAGCAAGCUAACACAACCAGAUGCCAGUUCACUCGAAGGAGAAGAAGGACAGCACUCAGGAGGAGAUGGAGGUGGAUUAUGGAGAGCAGGAGGGCAGCAGCUCUGAGGAGGAGGACACCGACACUUCAUCAGGCUCUGAGGAUGGAGAGAGCUCAGAGAUGGAUGAUGAGGAUUGUGAGAGGAGACGGCUGGAGUGUCUGGAUGAGAUGACGAACCUGGAGAAACAGUUUACAGACCUGAAGGAUCACCUGUAUAAGGAGCGUCUCAGUCAGGUCGAUGCCAAACUACAGGAAGUGAUCUCAGGAAAAGCGCCAGAGUACCUGGAACCUCUCGCAAACCUGCAGGAGAACAUGCAGAUCAGAACUAAAGUCGCAGGAAUCUACAGAGAGCUGUGUUUGGAGUCAGUAAAACACAAAUACGACUGUGAGACUCAGGCAGCGUUUCAGCAUUGGGAGAGCGAGAAGCUGCUGCUGUUCGAUACGGUUCAGACUGAACUAGAGGAAAAAAUCCGCCGGUUGGAGGAGGACAGACACAGCAUAGACAUCACCUCAGAGCUUUGGAAUGAUGAACUUCAGUCAAGAAAAAACAAGAGGAAAGAUCCAUUCAGUCCAGACAAGAAGAAGAAACCUGUGGCGGUGUCUGGGCCGUAUAUCGUUUACAUGCUGCAUGAUUUGGACAUUCUGGAGGACUGGACCGCCAUCAGAAAGGCCAUGGCCACUUUGGGACCUCACAGAGUCAAACCUGAUGUUACAGUUUGUCCAUCUAAAAACGAGAAGCAGCAGCAGCACAUCGCUCGCUCGGAGGACGGACGGCUGCUGUACGACGGAGAAUGGUACAAUCGAGGACAAACCAUUUCUAUAGACAAGAAGGACGAGUUUCCCACCAGGUGAGACUCUCAUUGCGAUUAUAACGACUAUAAAUCAUGAUGAAGUUUGGUUUAAGCGCUCGGACGGGAGCAAGUCGAAGCUUUACAUCUCGCAGCUGCAGAAAGGAAAAUACACCAUCAAACACGCCUGAGAGAACCGGGAGAACCACGCCAAGUGUUCAACACCACUGUGUGUGUGUGUGUGUGUGUGUGUCCUCGUUUUCAUUAUUACAGAUGUUAUUUUUCUGAUCUUUUUUGUUAAAUGUUUUCUACAUGUUUUCUGUAAAUACACUCCAAUCAAACUGCUGCCUGUCUGAUCAGUGUUACUCUGACCUGUGUGUGUGUGUGUGUGUGUGUGUGUGUGUGUGAGAGAGAGAGAGAGAAAGGUUUACAUCUCUGUUAUAGCCAUGUGCCACAAUAAAACUUUCUUAUCACAAA